AUGGGCAAGCUAUUCGACGCGGACAACUCGGAGUAUGUCGCGAAUCUCUACGCGAAGCAAAUGCAAUGCCAGAAACAGGGCCAUGCUCUGUGGCAGCCAGGACAGGCUCGGAUCGGCGACGUCGGGCGUUUUGUUCAGGGCAAGUUCGAGUGUCUGUUCAAUAUCAUCGAGGGGCGGGAGGGGAAGAUACGGUUUGAGCCCCUCAAGCUAUCCAAGGAGCAUUAUGUAUUUCACUCUGAUGACCUUCCUCCUGGUCCCCAUACUUCCAGCAACGUCCGGAAAGUCACGGUUGACAUAGGGGCCUCCGCCUCCCCGGCCUCUAUUGGCGGUACUGUGUCCUAUGAAAGCAGCAGGGACGAGGCUGCCAUACUCGUUUUGGGGCAACCCGGCAGACGAACCACUGUACUUAGCGGAUACAGACCCUGGCUGGAAGGUAUCAGGCGGCUUAGCCCCCUGAUAUGGCGGAUUGUCGAGGAUGAGCUCCAACUGGAUCUCCAGGCUGAUCCAUUGGUGGUCGUCACGGGCCACGUCAAGACGAGUAACCCAUGGGAGCUCUUCGUCUCCCGGAAGAAGGAGGGCAAAGCGUCUUUGGCGAUCAGCGGCGGGGACCCAGUCGCAAAUGUGGCCGAAGGUCAUGUAGCGCUGUCGCGAGAGAUCAAACCGUCCGGCUUCGAACAUCGCAACAAAUCGAAGCCGGAGGUUGCCGACAGCUCCAGGAUCGCGCCAGAGUCCAAGCUGACUCUCCCGGAUGAAUUCCCAGAUCAAUGUGUGUUCGUACGAUGUGCCACUAUCAAACGCCAGCGCAACUUCCUGCAGAGCAUGAGAAGGCCCCGGCGAUCGUCAGAUCAAGUCACCAAGACGGAUAACGACCCGCCGAGGGACUCUGCCUUCUCAGAGAAGCCAAUUCCACCAAUCCCGAACAUUGAUUCUGAGAAGAUCGAUGCACCCAUGGACGACUCGGAUACCGAUGCAGGCUGCUUUACCGCUGUCCUCGCUUCCGUGAAAACUUUUUUCCGCCGGAUCUCCGAUGCUUUCUCGAGAAAGGGCGCAUCCCGCCCACCUGUGCUACGUCCUCGGGGCGGGUUUGGGCCCAGCGACUCCAACAUACCGGACGACGACGCCUUAUGGGAUCGUGAUGCAUCGGUAUACAGCGGCAGCACUGGUAAUGGCGCUCGGGGACAUCGUUCGGUCUCGUUCACAUCGUCGAUCCAACGGGACGGUUCCAGCUCGGAGUCGACCGUCAUCCAUCAUCGCACCCACCGUAUCACACAGUCGACCGUUAGCACGAGCACACUGCCUGAGAGUUUGGCGAGCUCCACUGGCCUACGUAACAUCACGUACAGGCGAACCGCCCGUUCGAGCUCCGUGAGCACCCCGACAUUUCACGCGCCGCUGCUGGCGAAUCCGUCCGCCUCCCGGAUCCUGCACGCCCGUCGAGUCUCUGACCUCACCGCCACCAGUCCCACUUUCAGCGUGGACACAUCCGAGGUCGACGAGGAAAAUCAGGAAGAUAACUAUUCGGCACGAGACGAUCAGCACGAGAACGCGAGCCAUGCAUCCGCGCGUUUAUCCCAGUUGGAUGAUCUGGACCAGGAAUACAACGUGCCGUCGAGCGAAGAUGAUGGAACACCAUACAAGGAUUACGCUGGCGGAAAGCCGCUUCCAUCGCUUCCGUCACCUACCGAGCCUCGCGUCUAUCACGCAGCAAACGACGUAUCCAACUAUAUUCUGUCGAAGGAGCCUGGAGCCGAAUUUUCUGUUGUCUUCGACGACGAUAUCCUGGAGCUCUGCGGGAACGAGCCCUUCCCCGAAGAUAUGGACGCUUUCUUGCAGAGGAAGAACGUUCGCGUUGAUGUACAUGACGGAAUUGCGUGCCUAUGCACGUAA